ACCAUAUCAGCUGCCGCUUCCUCCACGUCAAUUCAUUAAUUCAUUCCCUCAGUAAUGUUGCGCAAGAGAAUAAAGCUUACCGUCACGGACAAAGCCAAUCUUUCAAGAUUCAUUCUGCAAACCUAACAUGGGUGUCAAGGAGAUCCGCACUGCUGUUAAAUGCGACUUCAGCAAACCGGCUGCUGAACAGGAAGGGUUCCAUAACCGAUGGCAUCCAGACAUCCCUAGCAUCGGUAAAAUCGCCAAUAAUGAAGUCGUCAAAAUCGAAUGUUUCGACUGGACUGGUGGCCAAAUCGGCAACAACGACUCUGCCGACGACAUCCGCGACGUUGAUCUAACCAAGAUCCAUUAUCUGUCUGGUCCCUUCCACAUCGAGACCGCAGAGCCGGGUGAUAUCCUACUAGUCGAGAUUCAGGAUGUCCAGCCAUUCCAGGACCAGCCGUGGGGGUUCACGGGUGUUUUUGAUAAGAAGAAUGGUGGUGGGUUUUUAGAUGAUAUAUAUCCUGAGCCUGCAAAAGCUAUCUGGGACUUUGAAGGUAUCUUCUGCUCCUCUCGACACAUCCCGCACGUCCGCUUCCCAGGCUUGAUCCACCCUGGUAUUCUCGGUAAUGCGCCGUCUGCAGAGGUUCUCGCCGAAUGGAAUCGUCGCGAAGGCGAGCUUAUCUCUGCAAAUAGUCUCCCUCGCGACGUCGCCAAACCGCCAGAGCCACAGAACGCUCAUGCCGGCGGCGCUGAUGCGGAAUUGAAGACGAAAAUCGCGCGCGAGGGUGCCAGAACUAUUCCAGGCCGCCCUGAACACGGCGGAAACUGCGAUAUCAAAAACCUCUCCCGCGGCUCCAAGAUCUAUCUCCCCGUCCACGUCACCGGCGCGAAAUUCUCUGUUGGUGAUUUACAUUUCUCUGAAGGUGAUGGCGAAAUUUCCUUCUGCGGGGCGAUUGAGAUGGCGGGGAUAAUCACACUCAAAUUCACCGUUCUCAAAGACGGCAUGGCCCAAAUGGGCACCAAAUCCCCCCUCUACAUCCCCGGGCCCGUGGAACCGCAUUAUGGACCAGGACGAUAUCUCACCUUUGAGGGAUUUUCCGUUGACGAGCAGGGGAAGCAGCAUUACAUGGAUGCGACGGUGGCGUAUCGGCAGACGUGUCUGCGUGCGAUCGAGUAUUUGCGUAGAUACGGGUAUAAUGAUUAUCAGAGCUAUUUGCUGCUUAGCUGCGCCCCUAUCCAGGGCCAUAUUGCCGGGAUAGUGGAUAUUCCGAAUGCGUGUACUACGUUGGGACUGCCUAUGGAUAUUUUCGAUUUCGAUAUACGGCCGGAGACGAAACCGGAGAAGUUGGAUAUGGGGAGUUGUGCGUUUGUUGAUAAGUAGUUAGUUCAGAGCGAGAUUAAUAUGCUAGUAUGUGAGA